AUUCAGAGGCAAAUCUCUUAACCAUUCAGACAUCUGAACCAUUAAGAGACUGAAACAAACAGUCUGAACCAUUAAGUGCUGGUCAUUCAGAAACUGAAACAAACAGUCUCUCCAAUGGUUAAAUCAAACUAGAGAGAGAUAGCGAGCGAGAGAGAGAGGGGAUGGCAUCAUACCGGUGGAAGAGCUUCUCAGAGGACGAAGAUCGGCCGGAGAAGCCGAGGAAAUAUGGCGUCACUGAAAUGAGGUCUCCGCAAUACUCUCUUUUCUCUCGCCACCUCCUCCAGGAUAUUUUCGAGUCCAUGGGGCAGUUUGUUGAUGGGCUGAAGUUCAGUGGUGGAUCUCACAGCAUGAUGCCAAAGACAUACAUCAGAGAAAUAAGUGACCUGGCACAUAAGCACAAUGUAUAUGUUAGCAGUGGCGAUUGCAUUGAGAAUCUUCUUCAUAAAGGUCCUUCAAAUCUUGAUGAAUACAUUAAGGAAUGCAAGCAAUUGGGGUUUGAUAUCAUUGAGAUUGACUUCACAUCCUUAGGUCUUCCGGAGGAAAUUCUUUUGAGAUAUGUGCGGUUGAUUAAAAGUGGGGGGCUUCAAGUUAGGCCUCAGUUUUCUCUCAAGUUCAACAAGUCUGACAUGCCCUCGAGCGGCAAUAGGGCUUUUGGUGCUUAUGUUGUUCCAAGACCUCGAAGUUCAGACUAUAUUGAAGAUGUGGACCUCUUGGUUAGGAUGGCAGAGAGAUGCUUAGACGUUGGGGCAGACAUGAUAAUGAUAGAUGCAGAUGAACUAUGCAGGCACCCUGGCUCUGUCCGGGCAGACGUGAUUGCAAAAAUCAUUGGUCGUCUUGGUCUUGCAAAAACAAUGUUUGAAGCAUCGAGUCCUCAAAUCUCAGAGUGGUUUGUGAAACAGUACGGCCCCAAGGUGAACCUCUUCGUGGACCAUUCUCAAGUGAUGGAUUUGGAAUGCCUCAGGGGACGAAACCUUGGUAAAAAUCACACCUCCAUUUUGGGUUCAUCAUAUUCCCUCCUCUGAUCUAGCCUCAGGCAUGAAGAAUGUGCAUCUCUUUGGGUGGGCUAAUUUGUAAUGGUGUGUGCUUUGAUCUUCUAAAAAACUGUGUAACUUUGCAUGUUCUUGCUUCACUGUGUUCUCUGUAAUAAAGGUGUUUCGUUAUUGUGACUUUCUCCUGUAUAAACUGAUGGUGAUUUUAUGAGACUUUCAUCAAACUUGCCUAAUUCUACACAUAAAUUUCCCCAUAAAGAUCAAGUACUGAA